AUGCCUACUGGAGACAGAUUCUAUAACGACGCGCUGGCCAUAGUAUCCGCCUGGGAGGGUCUCCUUCUGCGACUGGAGUUACUGCUGAUUUGGAAACAGCCCGUCUUCAGUUUCAUUUUUGCCUUACUUGUGCAUGCAACCUUCUGGUAGGUUGUUUUUCAUCUUCUAUCCGGAGCUUAUCAUAACAGGUGCACCUGCGUAUUUCGUCUCAACAAAAUUUUCAUUGCAACUCUGCUUCUUUGCCUACUGGUCGUCUUCGAUCUGGGACGAAACCGUUUCUGGCCCCUGCUUGAAGGUGAGCUUGGGUUCCACUCCCCACCCUAUCAAAUCCUCCCCCCUCUUAGAUCUUCUUUUUAAAGUCAGUGGGGUAAACCUCGCGACUGAAACUCAACUGGCCGUCGCCAAAGGAGAGAUUUGGUCUGUGCAGCAAUUAGCCUCACGAUGCGCUUGGAUGUUCCAUGUCUGUGUCUCAGCGCUUAAUACUGUCGUUCCAAAGCGUAGCUCGCAUCCCAUCGUCGUGAGUCUAUCUAUCUAUGAUCUCUCUUUCAUUCCUCGCUAAGUGUUCAAUCAUUCUCCCUUCAUGCUCUGUCUUCUUGUCCACCUAUAGUUCCUCCUGGCAUCCUGCUCUCUUGGCAUGCUCUUUAUUUGGCUGGGUUCUAAAAUUGAUGAGAACAAUCUCUUAUACCUCCUGCUGAACAUUGUCCUUGUUUACCCCGGCCUUCAUCACUACGCCGUGCUUAGCACCAUCUGGCAGUACAUGAAGCCUGUCAUUGAUAUGAUUGACGCCGAAUUUGACCGAGGCCAGAUUGAAACACCUAGCCAACGCGAUCGGGAAGAGCGGGAGUUUUGGGAACCAAUCGUUAACUCGCCGGAUUUUAAUGACGACGCGAAGAAGGCCUUCCCCAGUGGGAACGAGUCUUGGAAUCCAUCACCCUCGCACAAGCAACACCCUGACGAUUGGAGUGAUUCCUCCCUAGAGGCGGACACAUCGGAAGCACAGUUUCUGCAAAGUCUACGUAAGGACACUUCACAUGCAAGUUGUUUGGAUGCCUUGUACAGAUUAUUAGUUUAAGUCCAGUCGAUUUGUUUAGCUGUGGUUGGUCAGAAACAGAACAGAGCCUCUCGGAUUCAGGCUACUGACGCAUCAUACAGGACCUAAGAAUGUUAGGCAAACGACCGUCCCUGGUGCGUACAUACGAAUAUACACCAGACGGAGACGCAAUGUGGCAGCAGUGCUGCAGGAGUAGGAUCACUACAGAACCACCACUACUACUAUUAUUAUUAUUACUACUACUACUACUGCUGCUGCCACGAAUACUACUACUACCACCACUACUACUACUACUACUACUACUACCCGACGCAUCCCGUUUUUUGCUGGUGUUGGCAUCCUCUGUGGGCAGUAAUCAGCUCCACGUGGAUGGAUUCGGUUGCCGGAACGUCCUGCACUCUUCGAGUUAAUCCAUCAGUACCAUCACCACUACCACUACUACUACUACCACCACUACUACUACUACUACUACUACCACUACUACUACUACCGCCGCCACUACUACUACUACUACUACUACUACCAUCACUAGCAGCAGCAGUAGUAGUUUCGUCGUCCUCACUAACACUGCCAUAACCAACAUUGUCUACCAGAAUUAUUCGAGGCUGGGCUUGUGUAAUUGUUCUGUUCCAUUGUAAACCGAAGAUCAAGAUCUACUUUAAGAACCCCAGGUGAUUAUAUUAGGCCGUUUCUUACGAGUAUUUUAUAGUUGUAUGCGCGUAACUGCUCAUCUGCCAAAGGCUUUCCAGUGUUGGAAACCAGGCGAAACUUACUUCAUGACUGACUCUCCUAGCCAAACUCGUGUGUAACGGAGCGAUGAGGGCAAUCUAAGCAGCCCUGUUACCUACCAUUAUGAAGUAGACACUUGUAUUGUGAAACUCCAGUGAUAAUUAAGAAGGGCAUGUUUAACUGAUGCAAACUACGGACAACGAGUGUCGCCGGACGAACUGCAACGACCAACCUUCUGAUUUCGCCCCGGGUGCUCUGUCUUCGAGCUGUGGACGGCAUACGCGACGCCUUGCAAAUAAUCUGUGUACCCUCAUGCUGACUGUGGCGGUCAAUGGUUCAACCCGCCUGACGAUACUGGUUUUCCGCCUCCAUAAGGUCCCAGUUACCGUAGGUCUCUCUCCGAUCGCUAUAUGACUCUAGCUAAUAGCAAGAUUGUUGACCAAAGCAAGUCCCCAACGUAGUUAAAAAUACAGUCAGUUCCUCGGUCUAUUCGAUAUUUUCCUCCGCAGUUCCCGUGGAAAGGCUGUUUAGGCCAAAAAACUAAGAUCACCUGUGGAUUCACAAGCCGGGUGUGUUGGUCCUUCGCACAGCCGAAAGGCAUAAGAUAUCGAUUUCGCGCCACGUCAGCCACUGCAACCUCUCUCAUCCCCAGUCGAACUUAGUUAGACAUACUGCUGGUGCAUAGGAGAGGAGAAAAAAAUGAAACCGAUCCAGUUUGGAUCCACUGGAUAGCUCCCUCUCUAUAAUCAACCGAACGCAAAAUCGUCAGGACGCGCCAACAAUUGUGGCUCAGAAGGUUGCCAUUCGAUAAGAUCCUGGACUGAGUGCCAUGCUAUAAUGGCUCCUUGAUGUGGCCUCUAUGGCACUCUUGCUUGUGUAAUCUCGGAGACACCACUGGAGGAAGCCUGUUACCUGCAGGUUGGGGAACCUGGUCCCGCGUGGUACGUGUGGACGGCCUGUCCAACUCUUUCAGCCCUCCUCCACGCCACCCUCAUGCCAUCUUUACAUUGUCCUGCAGUCCGAACGCGGUUGGUGUGGGAAGAUGGAGCUGUGUAGGUGCGGCGCAACUAUGCUUCAAUAUAAAUAAAUUCAUGCGCAAGUCACGACCGCGCCUAUCGCAUGGAGCAGUAGUGGACGUUGUCGGUUUCGAUGGUUGAACUGUCGACUGAGCACCCGGCACAGAGUCGGGAGGUUGGCUGUCCACAUCAGUUUGACGGCACACAUUUUUUGCUCUCUCGUAGGAACACUACAGUCCCUGGUAGCUUUAAGUAUCCUGUGAAUUAAUUAGAGUAUCGUGCCAUUAGUUGGUCUUUGAACUUUGGUGAUGGGCUCGCAAGCCUGAUUACCUUGCGAGCCCUACGUUGCAACAAAUCAGUUCGUGGGAUACCGUGUUGAGGACCGUUAUUUUGUUUUAAUCUGGCAACACUCCGCAAGCAUUACUUGAUUGCCUGCGGGCAUGUAAUUUUGCUGGCAUCUGAACACUAGCACUCUUCGGCGCCCUCUUUUUUGCUAUGUAAUGUGAAAUUCUGGUCAUGUAUGUGUGUCCUUAUAUACACAUGUGGGCAGAAUAGCAUUACCGACAAAGACACGGGAGACCGGAAUGGCCAUUUCUGACUUAUUAGCCGUCCUCAACCAGUCCUCCCCAACCUCGAAGUGUGAAACACCUGGGGUUCGAUCCCGUGACCUGUUGGUUAGAAAUCCAACGCCUCUAAUCACUGAGCCACGGGCUGGUUGUCCUGUCGAUCGGCUAUUCCAGUCUUCCUUGUCUUUGUAGGUAAUGCUAUUCUGCACAUAUUACGCGCCGCUGUGCGGCUGCUGGUUGGGCGCGAGAGAGUGCCCUAAGGUCCGACGGGACGAGUGAGUUCCGUAUUACGACCGGUAAGCGCCCAUCUACCACAGUAUAUGUAUAUACACGUCGCCGGCAGACUUUAUAUUAAGAUCACGCACUGUCCUACGCACAGUUGUGAUGGAGUUAUCCUUUGCAACCCACGUAAUCUAGUGCCAAAACGUAUGCAGGCCUCCAAGCGCAAGAACAGGUUGGCCGUCAAUGCCAUUACAAAGGAGCUUCUCAGCGAUAAUCCCUCUCAGGCCGACAUCGAUGACUGGUUUUCCGAAGUAACGGACGAUCCAACGCCUUCGAGGCUCCCACCACGUAGCCCACGGCGCCGUCGUGAUGAUAGCAGCGACUUUGAUGGUGACUUAGACCCAAACGAUUCGCCUCUGGUAUGUGACUUUUGCUUCCCCGUAUUUAUGUCAAUCCCUUUUCCUGCACCAUUGUUGGAAUGCGUUUUGACUCCACCGAGUACAAAACACUCCUGGGAGCCUUGUCUGGUUCGCUUCUGCGGCCGACUUUCGCCAAAGUCAUGAUACCAAGAGCUUUGGGUAUUCUGUUGUCACAGUAAUGUUGUCUGAUUAACCUAUUGGGCAGAGGAAAAGCCAACAGAAGCACAUCCGUCUUCCUAUGGAUAUAUCGUACAUAAGCGACAAGCAGCCCGAUCUAAUUUAUUUAACUGUGCAAUUGUGGUGAAAUUCCUUAACUUUUCUCUCGUCUCCUAAAAAGUGCUUGGGUAUAAACUUUAGAUUAAAAGUAAAGAAAACGUUCUUUCACAAAUAAUAUUAACUUUUAACUACGUCUGCUCACCUGGUUUUUAAAAAGUAUAAGUGUUUUGUGACUGUUCUGUUCCGUGCUGUACGUAGAAAAGGCAAGAAAAGGAGACCGACAGUGACAAACAGAUCUUCGUUGAAGGGUAUAUGGGACAUCAGACGAAGUGUGUUAUCUUGGGUUUUGACGCCUAGGGCAGUUUGAGGUGGCUUUGGACAUCCUUGAUGACCUCCAUUCACGCAUAAUAAAUCUGUCAUGGACGGAGGUGAAUAUUCGAGUCUCAAAUCUUUUAUGGAGUAAAGUUAAGUACUGAUCGAACGCCGGAACCAUAUGAACGCCGUCAGGCGCGUACCGGAACACAUCAUAAGGAAUUAGAGAACAGCAAUAAAACCCACGGCAUCAGCGAAUUGGCUUAUGGUCAGGGUUACUUACUCCGAGGAGCUGUUGUACUAAAAGAAAAUAACUGGCGAUGCUUAUUUGUACGUGCCAGAGAAAGAAAUAAGAAGGCCUCGCGGUGGCUGUUGCGUGAGGAUGGUCAAUAUGCUUUAAGAGGUAGUCAUCGGAGUAAAAAUGCAACGAUGCGAAACCUUUUUGAUAAUGCCUGCAGGGGGACAUUAAAUUCAUUCGAAACUAUCAUUAGAUGGAAAAACUAGCCUCCCUUUUAAAUUAGUGACAAUAUGAAGGAUCAACAUUUGUGAUACCACAAAGUUCUUAGGUGUUCAGCUCUUACUCGGCACAACUGACCCCGGCCAUAAACCAUGUUCUUGCCCACACGGCCUUUAUGGGACAAUAUGACCAGCCGGCGGUCAGUGUUGGGAGUCUGGAAUUGAUUGUACGGGACAGCGUACGUGGGUGGGAUGCCUAUCUGCCUAUUUAUUUGAGUUCUUCUCAGAACUCUGGGUUUCGAUCAAUUCAGGGUCUGUCUCUCGCUAUGCCAGGGCAACCGCCUUCGCAACUAUAAGGCUAAAGGAAUGAUUCGUCUCAAAAUUCCUAAAUUUAAUUUGCGCGUCCGACCAGUCCCCCGCUUUGAGUUUCCCACUUAUAUUUAUUGAAUAAACUUGUAGCAUUUACUUUAGUCAAAGUAGAACAAUGUUCAUACUAUUUUGGUGUAUAGUAGCUUGUAGAAAAGUGCAAAGUCGGAAUUGCUACCUUUUUCAAGCUCUCAAAGGCUUGUAAGCCGUAAUCUUCACAACUUUACUGCACCACUGUAGGCGUACACUUGCCUUUUACACAGAGGCUUAACCACGUGAAAGAGGGCCGCUAUUUUGACUGCCUCUUUCGCUCGAAGUUCCCGUGUCUGACAUGAACGCUUUGUAGACCUUCAUGUGUACAGUUCCUCCCGCAGCUCUGGCCUGCUAAAUGGCCGCAUGAUUUCAGAAUGACUCAUUGACUGCGGAGGUUUAAGGCCUAUCCGACAUGCGUUAUACUGUCAGUCUACGUCUUCGUUCGAGAUUUUGGUUCUGUGCAGCGUUGGAUCGUUUUUUGACUUCAGGGUCGGAAAGUAUUGUUCAGAACUGGAAAUAUUUUGGGCUUAUGGAGUUUGAAUUGGUUUAAGCCGAGCAGCUUUCGUUAGCGUGCUAACCACAACAGAUUUUCCUUUACAGCGGAGUUUCGGUGAAAUGUUUUCAUGCGCCGAACACACGGCCCCUGUGGUUACGCCCGUUUGUAGACAGCACUUGUUUAUUUUGCGCUCAAGUUCUGAAUUUGACUAACAACCCCCAACUUCUUCCGCAUAAUUUGAUGAUUACUAUGUGACACGGUCAAUAAUUUUUUUAAGUUGGUGUUGAAAGAAUUGGCAUCCCUGUGAAAGUGGAUAAAAACGAUCCAGAUGUAGUCCUUUCUUCACUGGCUGCUCAUUACAUUUCGCUAUUUUGAAGAGGUUUGUAUCCUUGCUUUGAAGUUAGGUUUUGUGCAUAAGGCACUUCAGCCAUCCCUUUUACGCCUUUUGAUAAGUGUACUUUGAAGAGGACUUAUACAGUCUGUCGUGUCCCCGUGAACCUUCUAUUAAGGGAGUACAUGGUGCCACGGCAAAGUUCUCCAUGUACUUCUCAAAAGUAUUGAAGAUCUUCCCAAGUCUGAGUAGUAAAUCUUGUCGAUAUCGCGUAUGUAAGGCGACCUGGGUGUCAAAACAGAGACAUUUGCCAAGAGGUGCGCUAGCACAGAGGGUGAGGUUGUACAGUUCUGGUUGUACAGUUUCUGGUUCUUUUGUCCCUACCAUUCAACCGUAUCUCAUGCCUGCUCUUGAGACUUGUAACCACGUCAGUAGGUUUCAGUUCUAUCACUGACUCAUCUGCUCUUGCGUUGAUUGCGAUAGAGAGUACUCAGAAGACCGCGGGGGUGUUUGUCUACGGUGCUGAGCCCACGGCUCGUUGAUGGGCCACUUAACCGCAUACAUGAUCAACCUUGUUCAGGUCUUUUCAUCUCGAUCCGAGGUUGUAGUAGGGCCGACUGUUGAUGGCAAGCAACCUCUAGUGGCUCUCGCGACCCCCCUAUGUAAAUAAACCUCUCGGUUCUCGGCGCUGUCGAUUACCGGUUAAUGUUGCUGUUGUUCGAUGGUCCGUCCGGGUGGAUUGCGGCUGUAUGACAAAACGGAAAACCCCUGUUUCAUUCUGCAGUCAGUCGCGAUUUGUGAGUCCCACUUCUGCAGGAAUUAUGCGUUCGUACGCGUCAAUGCCUUACUGAUCGGCUUCAUUCACUACUUUGCUGCUGUUAGUCCAACGAGAUUAAGUUCUGCGCUUCGGAAAGUGCUUCCUGGCAUCGUUAAACCCAUAAAAUCUAGUCACUCAAUUACACAUACUCGAGGACCACUGUAAGGACUGAACUGUUGUGAUUGCAUUAAUCUUGCGCUACCUGACUGAGGUCUGGCGGCUCGUCAGGAAUUUUCGCGUGGUUGGGCGAUGGGCUGCACAUGCCUAAACGUCCCCGUUUCACCGAGUUUCGUAUGAUCAAACCAGACCCAUCUGGCAGAAAAUAGGCGGUGGUCAGAUUAUUACGUUCGUGAAGCGGUUGAAGAAGCUGCUCUUGUGGGUCAGAAGUCUCGAGCACUACAGGCUACGCUACUGGCUUUCUCGAAGCACCUAGUGAAGCGUUGGGUCACGUGAAGCAUCAGCCCGAAUUCUUAUCUUGGCUGGCUUAUUCCUUUGGCUCCACCAAGGGUUGCGUAAAGUAACCCAAUGGGUAUCGUCUCUCGAAAGACCGUACUCUGAUGCACAUCUAAAUUAUUUGGUUGCCCCGGAGUGGCGUUUGUUGUGCACUUUUAGUGUCAGCAUGUGUCAUAAACCACCGGCUGGGAACUAGUUGACAGAAGACAGGUUUUCCAAAUCAUUCAGUAAAUCUCUGAGUGUAUCACAUGAGAACCUUCUCUAUUAACGUCACCAAAAAAGUUAAAUCUUACCGAUGGUAGGGGGGCGUCCACCGAUCCUGUUACAGGACUCACUCGUCCCAUUCUGCUCAAUCUCAACGGUUAGGACGUUGGGUUUCUAACCAGCAAGUCGCGAAUUCCGGUCUUGGGGGUUGCAUACGUCGGAGUUGGGCAUGGCUAGCUGAUGACGGCUAACAAACCAAAAAUGACCAUUCCAGUCUCCCUUAUCUAUGUCGGUAAUGUCAUUCUGCAUAAAACUUUAUGGGCAUUAAUUGACGCAUGUGCCCAUCCAUCGCAUCAAAGAAGCCGACGUACUUCCAAAUUUAUCAACAUGUCUUGCAUUGUUACCCAUCCGUUGGCCCAGUGCGCAAAGAGACUGACCUUAUUUUUAUGGACUACUAAUUCCUUGUGGUUUUGAAUGCUUUCGAGUACCGUAUAUUGAUCUGCGCGAUCAUCGUAUACGGUAGUCUACAACCUCUGGAUGCCCCGAUCCGAAAUGAGAGCAUUCACUUUUAAGCACCCUCUCAAUGCUUUUUUUUAAAGUGGCGCUUUGACCUUCAGUGGCCGUUCAGAUGCCUUGGUUGGACUGAUCUACAGUGACACCCAUAUUUGGGUGACCAUGUUCGAAAUGUCCUAGCCUAUAGUGGAUGCGGUUUACUUGAAAUCUGGACGUGAACAGAAAUCCUGAAUGCCAGGUCCAAAGCUGAAGUUUAGAGAAAUGCUUUUACGGUUGUUGUUUGAGAUCAGUGUUAGGGUUUACGGUCAGAAUUAUGCUUUAGGGUUAGGAUGGGGGUUUGGCGUUAGUGUCAAUUUGUAAGGCUUAGUCUGGAGUUUGGGGUUAGAGUUUAUGGUCAAGGUUUAAGUUACAGCUGGAGGGUAUAGGGACUGAACCUCCUUUCGAAUUAUGCCGCCAGGAGUCUCGAAUUUCUUUUAGCAGAGUUCAGGGUCUCUUUUUAAGCCUCGGUGUUUGAGACUAGGGUUGAGUUGGAGGGACAGUUCGUCCAUUAUUCUAUUCCUAAUCAAAAAGUUACCCUUAAGGCAUCCCGAUGACUUUCUAUCUUUUCGGUGUACUUUUUCACUUACCAAACACUUCCUGAUAUUAUUUUGCUCAUUGAUUGUGUUUCCUGAACUUCGCCAAAGUUGGAUUUGGUUAAAGUUUUAUCUCAUCACUAAAGAUAUUGAACUUCAGAUGGUAAGGUCGUGACAGAUUUGUAAGACUUUCAGUCCCUUCUUAGCUCUUCAAUGCAAUUUCCACACCUGACUUGGGAAUUUUGAUGUAUCUGAGAUCUUUAUAUAAGGUUGUGCUUACUACGCACCACUAUCAUUUUCGUAGGAUAUUAUACCAACUCAGUCUCUGCUGUUCCAAGUUUUCCUCUCACUUCCAUAAUGAACACCUUGACAAUGUCCCUUAAGGUCUGAUAGUCAGAACGUUUUUCUACAAAUUUCUAGCCCGAAGAGGGUGUCAGUUCAAAACCUGGCUCGACACUGUCCGUCAAGACAUGGAGGUGGUUCUUGGACCUUCGGUAUUCGGUCUCCGUCGUUGGCGAAGGGAAUGGGUUGAGCUGUCUAGAUCUGCUGUGGCGGAUCGUCACGCGUGGAGAGGUGCAGUUCGGGAUAUCAUCUAGGCUGGCUAGAUCAGGCAUGAUCGCGGCCGUACCAAGUACAAGUACAAGUAGCCCGAGCAUGGUUGGAGCCUAAUGUUAAGACACUCGGGUGGAUUAGGGGUAACCGAUCGUUUUAUAUCUUUCUAUGUAUCAGUUCUUACUAACCAUUCCCGGAAAGCUGCAGCAACUUCCCCAACGCGCCAAUAAGUGUUGUACCCUGGUACUACCUCAAUCCAAUUGGGUGUCCUGUUGUCCAUAGUACACAUUUUUAAUUCCAUGCCAAUUCUCUGGAUUUCUCACCGUGUUUGGUAAACUUUGAUUUUCAGUCCUCCCCUCCACAAACGGAUGAUUUCUCUGGUCCAGAGGAAGACAGUGGAUAUGUAAUGGUUUCAUGA